CGCCUCUUCGCUCCGCACAGGCGCAGUUCCCAACUGGAGGCGGAAAGCGCCCAGCAGAGGUCACGCUGCUGGGGGUCCCAGCGCUCCGCCGCCUCGCUGCUCAGAGGAGCCGCGUCUUCACCCGCUCGCCCUUCUCACGUAAACCGUUCUCAACUCUCCGCUUCCAGUGUAAGGGGUCCGCGCAUCUCUAACUCUGCACCUAACCUGGCUCCAGAGGCCACCAGACACGUUCAAAGCAUCCAAAGUAGAGAAGCAGAGCCUCUCGGGAGGGAAGUGGAACAGACCAGACUCUCCCAGGGGCGGGUCCGAGGGCCAGACCCGGCGUCCGCAGGGCGGCACCACCAGAGACACGGCCUCCACCCGCCGGAACGUCCGAGAUGCGCCCCUCGGCGGCCCCGCCCCCUGGCCCGGCAGUGCGCAUGCGCACGCGCAAUUACCUAGGGACGCGGAAGCGGAUCCUGCGGUCAGACUGGCGCCCUCGGAAUCAUCUUACCUGAAGAAUCUUAACAAGAAAUUCAGAGGAGGAGGAAAGAAGAAGGAAUGGAGCUUUCACAGGGACUGUUUACGUUCAAGGAUGUGGCCAUCGAAUUCUCUCAGGAGGAAUGGGAAUGCCUGUACCCUGCUCAGAGGGCCUUGUACAGGGACGUGAUGUGGGAGACCUACAGGAAUCUGCUCUCCCUGAGUGAGGAUAACUUCUCUCUGGAAGUCGGAAGCCAUUCUGCUGGAUUUGCAAUCAAGGAAUUAUCACCAAGAGAGGACAUUACUAAUGGAGAAUUAUGCCAUCUAGUGACAUUAGAAAGAAGUAAAAGUCAUGGCAUCAAGGAUUUUGACCUCAAGGAAGUCUGUGCAGAUGUGCAGGAGUGUGAGAGUGAGUGGCGAUAUGAUGCAAGAGAUUAUGAAGAAGUAGUUUUGACCCAUAACAAAAAUCUCACUCAUGGAGAAGAUCAAGAUAAUAAAUCCUUAAUUAAUUUUCCUCAGAGUGUUUCUGUAAGAAGUAAUGCAUGUGAAUAUUUCACGCACGACAAGCCAUUCAUAAGAAGUUUGUUAACAAUGAAAAAUAACGUGAGCGUUGCUGGAAACAGAGAUCUCAAGUGUUUGGAAAGUAGACCUGGAGUGAGGCUGCAGGCCCAGGCGGCUCAGCUGCAGAGAUUUCCAGCUGAGGAGAAAGUGUAUGCAUGCGGUCAAGUUGAGAAGCCAGUCAUCAGUGGUUCCUCAGUUUCACCCCUUCACAGAAUUGCUCCUAGUGUGGAAAACACUUUGUCACCUGCACAACACAGGAGAACACACUCUCGAGAAAAAUCUUACAGCUGUAAUGACUGUGGAAAGGCUUUUAGUAAAAGCUCAAACCUCAGGAAUCACAGGAGAAUUCAUUCUGGACAGAAACCUUACAGAUGUAGUGAGUGUGGCAAAGCCUUUAACCACCAGUCACACCUCACAACACAUCAGAGAGUGCAUACAGGAGAGAAACCUUACAAAUGUCAUGAGUGUGGCAAGGUCUUUAGUCGAAAUUCACACCUUGCAAAUCAUCAGAGAAUGCACACUGGGGAGAAACCUUACAAAUGUCAUGAGUGUGGCAAAGCCUUUACCCAGUUUUCACACCUUAGUAGACAUCAGAAAAUGCAUGCUGGAGAGAAACCACACAGAUGUUACGAGUGUGGCAAGCAUUUCACGCAGCGUUCAAACCUUAUAGCACACCAGAGGAUUCAUACAGGAGAAAAGCCUUUUAAAUGUAAUAAAUGUGAUAAGGCUUUCAUUGAACGGUCACAACUCUGGGGUCAUGAGAGAACUCACACUGGAGAGAAACUUUACAAAUGUGAUGAGUGUGGCAAAGCCCUUACAAGACAUUCAUAUCUUACUCAACAUAAAACAAUCCACACUGGAGAGAAACCUUACAAAUGUAAUGAGUGUGGCAAAGCUUAUACUCAAUUUGCAAGCCUCACCAGGCAUCUCAAAAUACAUACUGAAAACGAACGUAAGCCUCACACAUGUGGCAAUGCUAUUAUUCAAAACCCAAAAGUUUAGGGAUCAUCCGAUUUCAUAGUAGAAAGAAACUUUAAAAAUAAAACGAUUCAGACAAAAUUUAUGCACGUAUUCAAGCCUUACUCAACAUAUGGGAGUCUAUCAGGGAGAAAGAAGACAUACAGAUGGCCAGCAGGUGCAUGAAAAGAUGCUCAGAAUCACUAAUCAUCAGGGAAAUGCAAGUCAAAAGCUCAACGAGAUAACACCUCACACCUGUUUCCAAUGGCUGUCAUCAGAGAGACAAUAACAAGCGUUGGCAAUGGUGUGGAGGAAUGGGAACCCUGUGCACUGUUGCUGGGAUUGUAAAUUGGUGCAGCACUUAUGGAAAACAGUAUGGAAGCUCCUCAGAAAUUAAAAACAACAACAACAACAACAAAAACCUGUUAUAUGAGCCAGGUAUUGCCCUUCUGGCUCUUCGCUGGAAAAAAAGGAAAACACUAAUUUGAGAAGAUAUAGGCACUUGAAUAUUCAUUGUAGCAUUAUUUCCAGUAGCCAAGACAUGGAAGCAACCUAAGUGUCCAUCAAUAGAUGAAUACUUAGAGGAGAUACAGCGUGUCUGUGUGUGUGUGUGUACACGCACACACACACACACACACACACACACACAGGAAUAUUACUCAGCCAUAAAGAAAUCCAGCCAUUUGCAACAACGUGGAUGGAUCUAGAGGGUAUUAUGCUAAGUGAAAUAAGUUAGACGUAGAAAGACAAAUACUGCGUGAUUUACUUAUAUGUGGAAUCUAAGAAAAACAAAAGAGAAUGAAAACAGAUUCACAGAUAUGAAGGACAAAUGUGUGGUUGUUGCCAGAAGGAGGGGCGCUGCGGCGGUGGGUAAAAUAGGUGAAGGGGAUUAAGACGUACAAACCUCUGGGUAUUUAGAUAAGUCAUGGGGAUGUAAUAUCCAGCAUUAGGAACCUGUUCAAAAAUAUUGCAGUAACUGAGGACAGAUGGCUACACAUACCGUUGUUAUCAUUUCAUAAAGUAAAUGUUACCUCGUGUGUAGUACAGCCAAAACGAACAAUGUUAUAAUCAAUUAUAUUUCAAUAAAAAGAGACUCUACUGUAGAGAGAAACCGUAUAAAGCUAAUGUACAUGAUCUUUAAUAUUUACUCAAUUGAAUUUUUGUUAUAAACACUAAACCUGCAGACAUCAGUAGGAUAGUCAGGGACUGUUCCAAAAACUCUACAUACACAUGCUUGACAACAUACAUGAAACGGUAAAAGCGGAACUGACCACAGAUGACCCGUGUGAAACACAUCAUUUGAAUAAAUACUUUGAAUUACA